AUGACGUCAACUGCUUUCUUUUCCAGCUCCGAAGAUAAAAUAACAAUCCACUUUAUAAACCGUGACGGUGAAACAUUAACAACCAAAGGAAAAAUUGGUGACUCUUUGCUAGAUGUUGUGAUUGAAAAUAGUCUGGAUAUUGAUGGUUUCGGUGCCUGUGAAGGAACCUUGGCUUGCUCUACCUGCCACCUCAUCUUUGAGGAUCACAUUUAUGAGAAAUUAGAGCCAAUCACCGAUGAGGAGAAUGACAUGCUGGAUCUAGCUUAUGGACUAACAGACAGGUCACGGCUGGGCUGCCAAGUCUGUUUGACCAAAGCUAUGGACAAUAUGACUGUUCGAGUGCCUGAUGCAGUGGCCGAUGCCCGGCAAUCUGUUGACAUGGGCAAGAACUCCUAACCUACAGUAAAAAAAAUUUUCAUGAACAUUUCCUAUUUUUAUAAUUAUUUUCAGUAUAAUUAAAUGAGAACCAAUGUGGAUGCAUUUAUUAUUCAGACUAGCUUUACUAUUGUAAUUUACCUUGUAUAACUACUGAAUUUUGGUAGUACUGAUAGUAUAUAGUAAAUUAUAAAGUGUCAGCUAAAUAGUAAAAGAGAGCUAUGUGUCAAGAACCUCCUGUAUCUGACUUUAUGUGUGUUUAGUGAUUUUAGCACAAUGUGACCACAUCUGUCUGCUUCCCUAGAAGGAGAAGUUAGGAAAAGGUAUUAUUACUUCUGUUUGGUGUGGGUGAAGGAAGAUACCUAAAUGGUUGAAGUAGGACAUUUAACUAAUUAAAACAAUCCACUGGAACCCGGAUCUUAUACUUGUGAGUUUUAUGUUCAUGCUGAAACUGGAGAACUUAUGAUCUUAAAGGUAUAGCAGUGGUUAAACAUAAAUCUGUAUGGAAAGAUUUAAUUGCACAGUAAAAUGCUUUUAAGGCGUUUACUAACUUUCAAAUAUGUAUUUCAAAAGGUUGAUUCAGUAAUAAGUCUGAACACAGGCAUUGUAACACUGUCAAAGUUGAUGUCUGUUCUAAAUCAAGGGAAAAAUUAAAAUUAGAUAUCUUUAUUCUUAUCUAAGAGAUACAUAAUUUUACCCUUGUAAUCUUUUGAAAGUAAUGCUGAUUUGUAAAUUACUGGCUAUACAGAAUGGAAAUGUUAAUGAUUUGGGUCUCUAUGUCCUGAGCCAGAGGAUAUGGUUAACUGCCAUGCUACAUGGCCUGGGCUGGACACUUUCCCUCCCCAUGGGCCAGGGCUGCAUGCCCUUCUCCUUUGUGGCCUGUGCGACCUCAUAAUGAUGUCGCAGUCCCAGAGGAGGAGGGAACUCUGUGCCACAUGUCAACAUUGUUGUAUGGAAGACACUUGAAUCCUUAUCGGUACUAUAAAUAAAUUUGUAAAACAUAA